CGUCGUCGUCGUCCUCCUGCAGCAAGGCAGCAGCAGCAGCAGGAGCAGGGCUGGCAGGAAGGCAGGAAGGCAGAGGCAGAGGGCCAGGCAGCUGCACUCGUUCUCCAUUUGCUGCUGCUCUUUUCUCUCGAUAACUGUCAUCUUUCUCGAAGCGGAGGACGGAGGAGCUCGGGACGGGAAGAAGGGCAGGGAAGGGACAGGAAUAGGAAGGAAGGAAGGAGGAGGAGGAGCCAGCAGUAGCAGCUGGAGAACCUCAGGCUUCUUGAUAUUGUUGUUUAAAGUGCAACCCCGAUCUAAUCUGAUCUGAUCUGGCUCUUUGACUUCUUGCUGCCGUCUGUAAAUCUGUGUGUAUGUAGAGACAACUGUAGUUCUCCCGGACAAACGAAAGGCUUUGGCCUCUCGUGUAGGGGCCUCUGAGAGGGGCUUCUCGAAGAGGUGUUGAAUUUUGAUUGCGUUACGUUCGAGAAGAACUUGCGGAGGAGGAGGAGGAGGAGCAGCAGCAGCAGGAGGAGCUGCUGUUUUUACUCGUCAGAACGGAGGAUUCGUGCGGGUUCGAGCGGAUUAUAUUAUCGGAAGGGCUCUUUCGACUCUUGGCCGAUCAUCCACUUCGAAGCCAUUUGUAGUGUUGUAUCUCGGCCCUUCUCGCUCACUGGCAGAAGAGACCCGUUUAUGAGACUAGGGUUGCCCUGCACCUGAGGUCGAUCAUGGUGUCUAAUGAGAAGGCGUCCGUGACGAAGGAGCAAAAUGACAAGCAUAGAAAGGUCUUGGAAGCACUUAUGAAGCUGCCGGACAACAAGGAGUGCGCUGAUUGUAAAAGCAAAGGACCACGAUGGGCAAGUGUGAAUUUGGGAAUAUUUGUUUGCAUACAAUGUUCUGGAAUUCAUCGGAGUCUUGGAGUUCACAUUUCAAAGGUGCGAUCUGCAACUUUGGACACAUGGCUCCCAGAACAAGUGGCUUUUAUGCAGAGUAUGGGAAAUGUGAAAGCAAACCAAUACUGGGAGGAAGAACUACCUCCAAACUUCAAUAGACCGAAAGAGAGUGAUCGUGGUGGACUCGAAUCUUUCAUUCGAGCUAAAUAUGAAGCCAAAAGAUGGGUGCCUAGAACAAAUCGGUCCCCCUCCAGAGAUGAUAGACGAUCAUCUCGAGAAGAUAGACGAUCUUCUCGCGAAGGACCGUCUCGGAGAGCACCCUCAGAAGACGAUAGAGAUCGUAGAUCUGAUUAUGACCGUUACAGUGCCUCUGGUAAAGAUAGUGGCGACAGAUACGACAGGCGCCAUGAAGAUGGACACCGAGAACGAGAUCAUGAUCAUCGCUCCGAUGGGUCUGAUUAUCGCGAGGCUUCUCGAGCGGGUCAAUCCUCAAGUCAGCACGCAGGAACCUCUUCAUCUCGAACAGUACCAAAUGGAAAUCCGGGCCCUCGCCUGUCAUCCAUCCCAGCCUCUUCUACCACGCGAACCCCACCAGAUGGAGUUUCCCCUUUGCGCUCACGAGAGUCGAGUAUCACAAUGCCUUCUAUCAGAAGCCCCCCACCGCCUUCAGUUCCCUUGUCAGCUACUACUUCCACACCUCCUCCACCUCCUCCUCAAGUGGAAGCAGAAACAAAUCUGUUUGACCUUCUUAGCAUUGACGAUAAUGCGUCCGCAGGAUCUGGAGCUGCCAGCUCCGUCACUGAUGAUAACGAUUCAUGGGCGCAUUUCCAAUCUGCAGAGGCACCCCCAUCCAACUCUGCCGAUAGUGGAGCCACAAAGACCACUGGUGGAUCUUCGUCGGCUGGAGGAUCUGUCCAGGUAGCUGAAUCCUCCGGUGGGUCAACAAAUAAAAAUAGUGUCACGGCUGGUUUGGAGGAUUUGUUUAAGGGUUCUCCAGAUGUCACAGCGAAGUCGGAAGUACAAACGCAGUCGCCCGCACAAGCUCAGGCACAGGCACAGCCAAGAAAGGAUGUCCGACAGAGUAUUCUUAGCCUUUUUGAAACUUCAACCAUGGCAUCUCCGUACAGUGCCCAACAACAACAAAUGGCAGCAUUGGUUGCUCAACAGCAGUCAAUGUUCAUGGCUGCUGCCGCAGCUGCAUCUGGAAUGCAAGGGUCGUAUUUCCAGGGUCAGCAACCGCAAAAUGCGUCGAAGGAUGAGAACGGAGGUCCUACUGUCGGCAAGGGGGCAGCAGUAGGGCAAGUUUGGCCAAUGAGUGGUGGUCUUCAGGUUCCUGGAGUGAUGGUUAAUCCCAUGGCUUUCACCAACAGCGGACUUCCCGCUGCGCAGGGAAUUCCAUUCGUACAAGCGCCGGGAACGAUGCCUAAGAAUGUACCAGGGCCAUCAGGAAUGACAAGUAUGUUCAGUACUCCCGCUGCUGCAGCGUCCUUUUCGUUAUCAUAUGGGGCUCAGGGGCACCCAGUCCCCUAUGGCAAUGGGCAGCAAUCAGCAGCUGGUCUUACCAACACUCACGGAACGGGUUUCUCUAGUCAUCCACCAGCUUCUCAACCUUUGAACCUCACAUCAGGAUCUAGUUAUGACUUCUCAUCGCUAACAGCAAAUGCUUUUACGAAGUUGUGAGAAGUCAUUAUGCAUACGGUUAUUCCUUCGCGGGUGCACAUUGAGGAUAAUAUUUCAAUUGUCUUCUGCUAGAUGACUCACAGAACUGGCAUCGAUUUGCAACACGAGUUUAGAGGAUGUUUUGUGAUUUAUGUGCAACGUUGAAUGCCAUAGAAGCAUUUAACAUUCUUCUGUAGGAAAGAGUUCUGUAGAAUUUUGUUUAACUGGGGGCAAGUAUGUGUGCGGGUGGUUGAUUCUUUUUGACCUUUUGAGAAGGGUUGACUAGGUAAACAUUGGCGGGAGAUCUAGUAAAGCGUGGGCACUUGAAUUUCUUGUUGUUGAGGUUCCUAGGAACGGAGCUAUAUUGUCAUUAUAGAAUGCCCAUGGCGCCUGUGCAAUAAGGCUGGCCAUGAUGGGCAGCAAGCGGUUUUCUGAUGCAUCUAUGAUUGUAUAAUUUACUGAGCAACUCUGUAUACAGUCAGCAAUGCUCUGUAGCAUUUAAUAGUAAAAAGUUUCCCUUAUUCAUUCAAUAUUCACCCCACAAAU